GCCAGACUCAGAACGUUGGUAGGCUUCACAGCACGCGCUUCUUCUGGAUGCGAGCCUUGGAGAAACGGGAUCAAUAAAUAACAUUUUUUUCUGUGUUUUUGGUGUUUGUAAACCGUCUUUUUGCGCAGACGGAUCCGCGCUGCUGGACACGUUCACCCCGGAUCUUUUACAGCUACACCCCACCAACAUCCUCUAAGGCAUCGAAAGAGAUGACCCAUCAUUGUCAUGGUUAACCAUCCUCCCAGUGACCUGCCAUUUUUCUUCCAAACCUGUCGCCUUCUUACUUUGCUCCCAUCCAAUCAGCUGUGGAGAUGCACGUCAUGGGAAGCGUCUCCCCAGCCAAUGAGAGAGAAGGUUUUUCCUUCCGAGAGGAGGAUGUAGCCAUUGCCGUGGCAAUGCCACCACCUUGUCCUCCAAGUUUUUCUGACAUCAGAGAAAAUGGUUCAAAACUGAAUGAGCCUCCCCAUCCUCCUCCACCUCCUCCUCUUCCCCCACCUCCUCCCCCUCCUCCGCUGCCCCUGACAUCAGGUGCCCCUUCAUUAGGCCUGAAGAAGAGGAACAGUGUGAGGAGAUUCUUCUGGAAAAAGAUACCAGAGGAGAAGGUGAGAGGGCAUGCCAACCUUUGGAAUCAGGGCCAAAGGCAGCAGCAUUUCCAGAUCGAUGCCCAGAAAAUUGAGGAGCUGUUUGGUCAAAUCGAAGGUCAAACAGAUGCCACGGGCGUGCUCCACCAAGGAGGAAGGAACAGGAAUUCAUUUAGAGAAACCAAAGAGGCCUCCAUUCUGAACUCAAAACGGGAGAUGAACAUCGCCAUUUUCCUCAAACAGUCCAAGAGGUCCAAUCAGGCGAUAGUAGAUGAUAUUCGCCAUGGCAACAGUGACUCCUUUGGGUUGGAGCCUCUUAAACAGCUGCUGAAGCUACUGCCAGAGACAGAAGAGGUGGAAAAGCUGAAUUCGUACACAGGCGACAUCUCCAAGCUCCAGCUGGCCGACUCCUUUGUGCUCCUGCUGAUUCAGGUGCCCAGUUACUCAGUCCGCAUCGAGGCCAUGCUGUUGAAGAAGGAGUUUUCUGGUUCCUAUGAGGCCAUCAAACAGAACAUCAAGCUCUUUCGCUCUGCCACCAAAGAGUUAAUGUGCUGUGAGGAGCUCCAUGCUGUUCUCCACUUGGUGCUGCAGGCCGGAAACAUCCUCAAUGAUGGUGGUUACGCAGGAAACGCUGUUGGCUUUAAGUUGUCGUCUCUUCUAACUCUGGCCGACACAAGGGCCAACAAGCCGGGCAUGAACCUGCUGCACUUUGUCGCCCUGGAAGCUCAGAAAAAAGAUGAGAAGCUGCUGACGUUUCCUCUCAAGCUGAGUGACGUCCAGGCCGCAUCCAGGAUCUCUUUGGAAACGGUGGAUACUGAGCUGCAAUUACUUACAUCUCGCGCACACUCUGUAGAGGAGAGCAUCCAGAAAGACACAGAGCUGCUGCAGCAGAUGGACUGCUUCCUUCAGAGCACCAUGUCAUCUCUGUCCUCGCUGCGGGUCAGUCGGGAGCUGCUGAAGAAGGAAAGCAGUGAGCUGAUUGACUUCUUCUGCGAAGACAGCGAGACUUUCAGACUGGAUGACUGCUUCAGCAUCAUCCACACCUUCUGCACCAGAUUUUCUAGUGCUGUUCAAGAAAACAUAGAGAGGGAGGCAAGGGAGGCUGCUCGUCGGCAGAGAAUGCAGGAAGAGGAUCAGAAGAGGCAUUCGUGGCCUGGUGGCGAGGAGGUGGAAGAAGCAUUAGCCUUGCGCUGCAGUAGCGAGACGGACAUCGUGUCGCAAGAUGAUGAUGCCGAGUCCCUGCUCUCCUCUCUUCUAAGUAGUUCACCCAAUCCUCGAGCAUGGUCGCGGAGCCACAUAAGCCAACACCGAACCCGAACCUCUCCAUCCUGUGCAGCAUCUGUUGCUGCCGAGCAUGACCUCAGUAAGUUACUGGGAAUGACAACCGACCCCAUAGCUCCUCAGCGAAGAGGAAGCGGAGAUGCAAUGAAAGCUUUCCCAUCGGCCUCACCUAAACUUCAGCUUCGUUCAGGACUCUCUUCAGCUAAGGCCUCAACUCAAAGGCAAAUAGAAUCACAAAGCCUCUCAGUACAUUCCAAGACCUCCUUUUCUAGCCAAGAAAACACAAACCGUACCACCCCCACGUACCGCAGCAAGGACAAUGCUCAGACUCUAGUAAACGAUGUCAAUAUUGCAAAUACAGUAAUAGAUUCAAACCAGCAAUCUGACAACAGCAACAAUGAAAAUAAUGAUCAGGUGUUUAGUAGCCAGAUGGCUGACACUGAUGAAGACAGUGAACACAACACAGCUGUUAAAGAAAGCAUAUCUGUGUUUAUAAAGGAAAAUACACUGGUGCCUAAGCUUAAAACUUUUGAUGAGGUCACCAGUCUGACCAACAAUAAUGAAGCUCAUUGCAUCAGUCGUCACAUGGAGGACUUGGUAAUCACAGAUUUGGAAGAAGAGGGAGUGGACGAAUCCCAAGAGCAGAAGCUGGAAAGUAAAUCCGAAGAGACUGGGAAUGCAGAGAAACCAGUUGUGAUGAGGUCUUCAUCACAAGGAGAGGAAAAUGAGGAACAAGAAGACAUGGCGAUUGCAUGGUGUGUGACAGGUGUAUGUGAGGCCACUGGUGAAAACACACAAGCACAAACAGCGAUGGAUCAGCAUGGGGGUGACAGUCAGGGAGGAUACCAGCAAACUUCCUCUUUCCAAGCCAAUCACAAGCCUGACAAGACAAACAAGACGACCUCUCGGACAUCCACUGAUGGAAAAGCAAAACCUUCAGCUUCAUCCAAACUAUCUACAAAAAACCUCCCUACCUCUAAACAUGGGAUGAAAACAUUAAUCCCAAACAUCACCUCUUCAGUUAGCAGAUCCAGGUCAAUUCGAACCCUAACCCAGUCUGAGAGCCAGAGUUUGAGGCGAGUUGUGCCCAUCAGGACCAGCCGAGGUUCUCCAUUCAUAACCAAACAUCCUGAAAAGUCUGCAGCCCUCAUUCGAAGCUCCUCCAGAACUCCGGUGCCCACCGGUCUGACUCCUCCCCACCUCAACAGCACCUCUUACCAACAACGAGACAGACCAGCACCUUCCUCCUUAUCCCAACGAUCUGGCCCCGACUCCAAAGAAUUGAGAGACCAGAAGGUUUCGACCAUUCAGGGAUCUGUUCGAGAUCAGAACCAAGGCUUGCAAAGAAAGCUGUCAAUCCGGAAGCCUGGAACAAAACCUGAAACUCAAACAGAAGAAAAAUUAUGUGUCUCCAAGCUGUCUGCACUUAAUCAAGGUGGACAAGGAGGUAGCGUGAGUGCUCCUGUUACUCCUUUGCACAAAACCAAAAUGCCCUCACCACGUUUUGCUCGGAAUACUGCAUCAUCGUCUUUCAGACGAUCCCACAUCAUCCUUGAUCCUUCUUGUUCACCUAUUAGUGGUUCCCCUAAAUCUUCCAGAAAAGAUUCCUCUGCUGUCCCCUCAACUUCUGCCUCUUCGACUUCUACCAGACCAGAGUCCCCAAGACCCAAAACCACAUCACCAGAUCUCCUCAGCGUUUCCUCCUCGUCUCCACUGAGGAGGUCUCAGAGUAUUCGGUCAUCUACUCUGUCACUGAUCCACAACUCGCUGCCUUUCUCUAAAGGUCGCCACCGAAGCGAUAGCGGCAGCUUCUCUGACAAGUCCACUCAUUCCAAGGACGUGGUCAAAGCCACAAAGCCAAGCUGGAGAUAAGAGCACACGUUUGAACAUGACAUCUGGGUGAAGUCUCCUUAUCCCCCCCUUACUGGAGCUGAAAUAAAAGUCAGACUCUUUCCAAUGUGAACUGUGGAUUCCUGGAUUUGAGGAGUCUUGGGAAAAGGAUCCUAUAUUCCAGCCUAAAACCUAACUUCCUUCAGGUUUGAAGCUUCAUUGUGGUUGAAUAAUUUGUGUGCACUGCAUUUAAACUUACACUUUUUUUCCUGGUAAAUGGAUGCAUUGAUCAAAUCACUACUUUAUGUACCCUAUGUACCUAUGUACCUACCUUGUACUUGAAGUGCUCAUAAAUGAUGAGAAUAUUUGAUCCAAGUAAAUGUUGAGGUUGAUUUCCAAUAUAACAAUAAAGUAAAGACACUUAGAUCCUCAGGAAAUGCUGCAUUUUAGCUAAAUCUUUCUCAGAGUUUUCACAAAACAGCUGGUGGCUUAUUAUUUGCCUUUAAGACAUUUUCUCUACGUGGACAUUGGAUUAUGUCUUGAAAAGCACAUUUAGCUUCACUGGUUCCCCCACGUGCAGUAAAUGUUAGUAUUUUUGUAAUGCUUUUUAUGAAAACUCUUGAAAAAAGAGCCUUAAGUAGCUACAAAACAGUCAGUUGUGUUUGGCAAGAUUUUGGUGAACAGGUGGUGUGUAGUGCUAGAUGUAGUGAUUAAAAUACUGAUCAUUUAGUAUGAAUUUUGUUUGGACUUUAAGGUUGGAUCAGGCGAAAAAGAAGAGAGGUUUGAAACCCAGGGAUUCAGUUUUUUGGUUUUUCUUAUUUAUUUUUUAAUAAAAAUAAUUUCAUAUCAUUUUAAAGGGAACUUUCAGUACAUUUCCUGUUAGAAACAGCCUAUUUCAAUCACAUUUUAAUCCAAUUCAACUCAUUUUAGUGUUAUAUAAUUAAUGAAAUGCCAAUUCAUGAAAUGUUGCUGAGCUAGCACUACUGAAGUUUGGCAGAUAUUCACACUGGUGCCCCCUAAAGACGGCUAAUCCAGCAAUAAUCUUGCAUCCAGGCUUUUCUCUGAGCUCUCACCAGCCUGUAAAAGUCAGUCCGAUGUUGACUCUUGUCUUUUCUCUUGCAUUGUCACUUUCUCUCUUGGCUUGGUCCAGCAUAAAUGUGAUGAUCUGUGGGUGUGUGGGGUCCUGUGCAGACAUCCAUUGACACACCAGUUUGAAAGGAUGAAUUAACUUGAUUCACACAGUAAAUACUGAUGAUGAUCAAUGCUUACAUUUACACAAACCAGUAGUAACCACACACGUAACUUGCAGAAUAAAAUAAAAUAAAAACACAGAGGCUAAAAAGAAACCCCAGCAUAAGAGACUGAUCAAUGUACUUAAAGGACAGAGUGUAAGUAGAAAGUAAAUAAGUGGAAAGUAAGUGAAGGUGUUAAGGUGGUGUUACACUGUGUGAUUUUAGCCAUAUUGUAAGCUCGUUUGAUUUAAGACUAGUGUUAUUGGCAGCAAUCAAAGAUUUGACCACGAUUCCUUCAUGUUUGCCAUCUUUUAUCUACAACAGCUGAAAAUUGCACAGUGUAUGAGAGUAGGGGUUCAAGGAAGAAAUGAAUCUAGCAGAAAUUCUUGUAGAGAGAACUUGAUAGCUGCAUUUCAGCAUAGCAUACACAUCUGAGUAUAAUCAGGCCCUAAGUUGAAGUGAUGCAUUAGCAUCCAUUAGCAUAAGAGCUAGUCUAUUGAGAAGCAAGAGUGAAAGAUUUAGUCAGAAAGGAAAUUAUUUUCAUGAGGAACACCAUCUAACCCACCCUUUAAUCCUGUCAGUGACCUCAAAAGAUGCUAAAUACCCUCAAAACGUAGUCUGUGUUAGCAUACACAGCUGAGUAUAAUCAGGCCCUUGAAGUGAUGCAUUAGCAUCCAUUAGCAUAAGAGCUAGUCUAUUGAGAAGCAAGUGUGGAAGGUUUACAGUCUGAAAGAAAAUUCUUUUCAUAAUAAACACUAUCUAAUCCUCCCCUUAGUCUUGUCAGUGGCAUUAAACGAUGCUAAAUACCCUCUAAACUCUGUCUUUGUUGGGCUGUUUUGAUGUGUUGCAUGGUUUACCUUUUAUCCUUUUUAAUCAAAGUGGUUCACAGCUGAUUUAACAAGGUUGGUGUUUCAGCACUGCUGCAAACAUGGCAGACUGUAGUAAACACAGUAGGCUUGUGAUAUUAAAAUGCCCAAGAAGAUUUAUAAAUGUUGCUGGAAUAGCUGUUUAUAGUUGAAAAUAACAAUUCUGAAUGCCACAUUUUUGCAGCACUCUCUUUGCAAAGCUGAUUCCUUGCCAGUAAAAACACAUUUCACACUCACAUUUCCCAACAAAUCCUACUCCACUUGAAGGUUAAAUGAUGAAAUACCCAUUUGAGAAGUAAGAAGAUCUUCAUGCAGGUCUGUGUUGAGGUCAAAGAGAGCGAUUUUCUGUCAACAGUGAAACAAAAGCUUGAAUAUGCAAAUAGUACCAAAUAGUACUUGUCCAGUGACUUUAAAUCCCUGUAUCUGUUUUUCUUUGGUUGUUUUAUUUUUUUAAGGGGGGUGUUUGUUUUUUGUGAUUCUCACCAUGCACUUUUAAUUUCACUAAGUAAACUGAAGUAUCUGAAAAUCUGGUUUGAUUAAGAGAAUUAAUAUAACAAUUAAUGAAUCUUUUUUAAUCUGUAUGAUUAUAAAAUAAGUUAUUAGUUUUGACUAAGAGGUGUUUUAAGCUCUGAUCUAAACCAACAGUGUGUGACUCGCUGGAAAAACUUUGUAGUGCCAACUUUAUGAUUUGAUGUAAAUAUAUUUGUAUAUAUAAUCUGUCUACUAAUCAAUAAAAUGAUACUCCUUUGACAUAAUGGAUUUAAAAGCUUGUCCGUAAAUGUCUUUUUCUUUUGUACUUUUUAGUGGAAGAUUCAGAAUUUUUCCUGAAAUGGUGACUCUAGAAAAUGUGCUUCCUAUUGAUGUUUUUCCAAGACUGAAAUACAAUAAGUAAUUAAAAAAUAAAAAACUGUAAAAUCUAAAAUAAGACAAAAUAAGACUAUAUUAAAUACAAGAAAUAAAUCACCUGAUUAAAAUUUUAGAUAGUAAAAUCAGGUCAAGCUGGGUCAAAAGCUAAUAAGAAGAGGUCGACUUUCAGUAGAUUUAAAAACGUGUAGGGUCCAUUGAAGGAGUGGUUUUUAAACUUUUUGAGCCAUGACCCCCAAGAUAAGAUACAUUGGCAUUCGCAACCAUCACCCCCACACCACAACUUAGUGAUCAUUGUGUGAUGUAUCAAAUGGGUCAUCCUGCAGCAUCCUCUAAAUGUAAGGCUGGAAAACUGUCAGAAUCUUCAUACAUAAUGAAGCCGAAGUGGUUUUUGGUGGUUCACCACAGUU